CCAGCUGUGAAUAGAUAGGCCUAUACCAACAUGAUGUACCACCAGGAAUGUGCAAAACAUUUUCUACAACACAUGUUAGACGAUUUAUCAUCGGAACAAGGGUCACCUUUUUCCAGGACUGUGCAAACUGGAGAUGGAAAAGACAUUAGGUCGAACCGACCUAUUGGCACAUCUGUGGCUCCCCAGUCAAGCCGAGGAUUCUGGUCACCUUUUUCCAGGACUGUGCAAACUGGAGAUGGAAAAGAAAUUAGUAGGAAUGAAUAUGACGAUUUAAAGAGGACUAAUAUCGUUCUGAGGGACGACCUUUACAAAGCACAAAGAGCAUGUGAAGAUAUUAAGAUCAACCACAAGAAAAGAGAAGAAGAAAUGGAAGCCCAUUACAAAGAUGAAGUUUGCAAAGCAAAAAGAACAUGUGAAGAUAUUAAGAUCAACCACAAGAAAAGAGAAGAAGAAAUGGAAGCUCAUUACAGAGAUGAACUUCGCAAAGCAGAUGAAGAAUGUGACAAAAUGAAAAUGAAAUAUGAAAAUCUCCACAAGCGAGUGACUACAGAGAUAUCAAAAGAUUUUGGACGCAGGGGAAAUGCAUUUGAGGAUCUCUCAGACCCUUGCAAUGAAACCAGGCUUAGAGAAAUGUAUGAUGAACUGCGCAUAAAGAAUUUGCCAACUUUGACAAGGACAAUGAAGUCAAUGACUGCACAAAAAAAAACAAAUGCUGGUUUUGCCGAAAGCUGGAAGAAUCUGUUUGAACAAGCAAGGCAUAACAUGAAAGUUCAGACAGAUUGUUUGAAAGAUAUCUUCAUUGCUGAUGAGCAACAAAAAAAUGAGAAGAUAUUGCAAAACCUGGCAUCAGCUACCCAUAGACUUAAAGAAGUAUUUCACCACAGAAGUGACACAUACUAUGAAAAUAUUGUGAGACCAAUGUGUCAGGGGAAGGAGACUGCAGACAUGCUUAAUCUGUCAGCUAAAUACUACAAGUUGAUGUGUUUGAUGCACCUGCAUAAUCCCCCCAUGGAGCCUGACUGGCAGAAGGCAGAAGGACCACAACUAGGGAUUGAAGAAAGGUUGUUUCCACCAAUUAAAAUGCUCUUGCCAGUUUCACUGAGGGUUGAGGAGGGGAAAAAAACGCCCCAACCCAGUGGUUGGUUUGCUGAUGAUACUGUCCGGAUGGACACAAUGUAAUAAAUGCAUAGUAUUCUCAGAAAUCCAGUAUACUAAAAAUGUAUUCAUUUUUUUUUUUACUAUUUUAAUCAAUGAUGAUGCCUCUCUGCGCUUCCUGAGUGUGCAUAUUGGUGUAUUUUUAACAUUAAAAUUUAAUGUGAGUGACUCAAUGGUGUGCAAAAACAGCUUAAAUCAUGUUUUGUUUCCUUAAUACACUGACUCAUGCUUACUUGUCAUAUUGUCAUCUUAAUUUUGUCUUCCCUACAUACCCCUGUAUUCCUUACAUAUCCUGAAAAUGAACACUUUCUUGUAUUCUAAAUACCCCCUUGUAUUACACAAAUUAAUUAAUUAUUUAAUGCUCUUGUAUUCUGUAUACCAGUAAAAGUGAUUAUGUGCUUGCAUUCCUUGUACAAUUAUUCCUUGUACAUUACUCUUCCAGUAAAGUGUAACU